AGGGUCGCGCGGCGCACCGUAUGACGUGCCUGCGACACACCUUCCGGAAGGAAGCCCCAGCGGCCGACUAUGGCGACUGCGGCGGAGCAGUGGGUGCUGGUGGAGAUGGUACAGGCGCUGUACGAGGCUCCUGCUUACCAUCUUAUUUUGGAAGGAAUACUAAUACUCUGGAUAAUCAGACUUCUUUUCUCUAAAACUUACAAAUUACAAGAACGAUCUGAUCUUACAGUCAAGGAAAAGGAAGAAUUGAUUGAAGAGUGGCAGCCAGAGCCUCUUGUUCCUCCAGUCUCAAAAGACCAUCCUGCUCUCAACUACAACAUUGUUUCAGGGCCUCCAAGCCACAAAAUUGUGGUGAAUGGAAAAGAAUGUAUAAACUUUGCUUCAUUUAAUUUUCUUGGAUUAUUGGAUAACACUAGGGUCAAGGAAGCAGCUUUGAAGUCUCUAAAGAAGUAUGGUGUGGGGACGUGUGGACCUCGAGGAUUCUAUGGCACAUUUGAUGUACAUUUAGACUUGGAGGAUCGCCUGGCAAAAUUUAUGAAGACAGAAGAAGCUAUUAUAUACUCAUACGGAUUUGCCACCAUAGCCAGUGCUAUUCCUGCCUACUCGAAGAGAGGGGAUAUUGUGUUUGUAGAUAGUGCUGCUUGCUUCGCCAUUCAGAAAGGAUUACAGGCAUCACGGAGUGACAUUAAGUUAUUUAAUCAUAAUGAUAUGGCUGACCUGGAGCGACUACUAAAAGAACAAGAGAUUGAAGAUCAAAAGAAUCCUCGAAAGGCUCGGGUAACUCGACGUUUCAUUGUAGUUGAAGGGCUGUAUAUGAAUACGGGAACUCUUUGUCCUCUUCCCGAAUUGGUUAAAUUAAAAUACAAAUACAAAGCAAGGAUCUUUCUGGAAGAAAGUCUUUCGUUUGGAGUUCUGGGGGAGCAUGGUCGAGGCAUUACAGAACAUUUUGGAAUCAAUAUUGAUGAUAUUGAUCUCAUCAGCGCCAACAUGGAGAAUUCCCUUGCUUCCAUCGGUGGUUUCUGCUGUGGCAGGUCUUUUGUAAUUGACCAUCAGCGGCUUUCCGGCCAGGGAUACUGCUUUUCAGCUUCAUUGCCUCCAUUGUUAGCUGCUGCUGCAAUCGAAGCCCUCAACAUCAUGGAAGAGAAUCCAGCUAUUUUUGCAGUAUUGAAGGAAAAGUGCAAACGAAUUCAUAAAGCUUUGCAAGGCAUUUCUGGAUUAAAAGUAGUGGGGGAAUGUAUUUCCCCAGCAUUUCACCUGCAACUAGAAGAUAGUACUGGGUCUCGAGAAAAAGAUGUCAGACUACUUCAAGAAAUUAUAAAUCAAUGCAUGGACAGGAGCAUCGCCCUGACUCAGGCGCGCUACCUGGAGAAAGAAGAGAAGUGCCUCCCACCCCCAAGCAUCAGAGUUGUGGUCACAGUGGAACAAACAGAAGAGGAACUGGAGAAAGCUGCGGCCAUAAUCAAGGAGGUGGCCCAGUCCAUCUUGCUUUAGUGGAGUCUUGGGCCAGGUGGCCACCUGCCACACAACACACAGACAGACCUCUGAGUCAUUGCAGAGCAACCUGGAUGAAGGCUUGUGGAGAUUUGGUGGGAUGUUACCAGAUAGUGUGGAUCUGAACUCUGUAUAACCAUGCUGGUUAUUUUUUUAAAAGAAAACAUAUUGAAAAGCCCAGGAACUUUUUUUUUUUUUUGAAGAGAAAAACUAAUGACAGCAGAAAACUAGUAUUUAAAUUGUGCAAUUUAGUACUAUUUAAAUGUUUUAUUUUACUAAUGUUUUAUAUUGUUUUGUUGUUGUCAUUUAAAAUGGAGCCUCGGUUUAUCUCCUUUCCCUUCUAAUCUGAAAGAUUCUAGAAGCACUCCUCAGAUAUUUCAUAGAGAAAAAUUCUUUAGGCAUUAAAGCUUAAAGGAAUACUUCAACAUAUAUUAUGCAAAAUGUAUUUGAAGAUCUAAUUCAAUCACAUCUUAGUCUUCAUGUGAAGUUCAAUGGUGGCUAAAAAUAAACACUUUGUGUGAUUAUUAUAAACUUUUCGUUAUAAUAUAUUUGAAUCUUAGAGUUUUUAUAUGAAUUAAAUGUUGAUGUUGUGCCAUUUCUAACAGUUAGUUUUAGCAUCCCUAGCCAGAGAAUAUACAUUAUAUUUCCUAAGUAAGCAAUAAUUUAAAUCAAAUACUAUUUUAUCUUAAUAUAAUUGACAUUUACAUUUAUUAUGUGUUGACUUCUAACCUGCUUCAGGAAGAGAGUUAUUGUGAUGAUCCCAAAAUAUCAAUGAUAUCUUUGAUAUGUUAGAAUAUCUUGAAUGUAUUUUUUUCUUUUUUGUAUAGAGGUUUUCCCGGGGACAUAUAACUUUUUCUAAACUAUGGAAAAUGAGACUUUUUUUUUUCUUUUCACUAAAAAAUUCCAGUAUCUAAAAGAAGAUGUAGAAGCACUAAAAAAAAAAAAAAAAAGUUAAAGCUAUACUCUGGCUACCUAUUUCUUCUUCAAAACCAAGUUGGGUGGUUUAAAUAUUUGUAAUAAUGUGCUACAGAUAGCAGAGAAAUGAUAUUACACUAUCCUUAUUAAAGGUGAAAGAAUAAAAUUAUAAAGAUAUAUAUGUCAAUUUUUAUAAUCUAUUCAUACUAAUGAAUGGUCUUUAACAUCUUAUAAAUCACAUUUUUUAAUGCUCAGUUUCUGUUUUGCUCGAGGUGUUCCGUACAGACGUGCCUUGUGAUUGCUGCCGCUUUAGAGAGUAUAGUGUGCUCAGGGGGGUGAGUCAGUUUUGUUUUUUAAUGAAAUAAACCUACAUUCCUGUUAA